CUGGGGCCCUUUUUAAUACAAAAUAAGAUUGGUAACGAUUUUGAAAACAGGAAUAUUAUUUUAAAAAAACAACAAUAUAAUAUUAACAGGUUGACUGCCAUGUGUACAUUUUUUUGUACACGACUAAUUCUCCAUACAUGUAUAUGCAAAUAUUUUUAUACUGUCCAACAAAUUGUAAUUGAUAAUUUGCAAAAACUUCUUUUUUUUAUAAUUUUGUUUUUUUGUUUGUUACUUACUAGGCCUUUUCUAGUUAAUAUUUUAAAAAUUUAUGUUGUGUCAAAUAAAUGUACACGUGGCCUACCAGACCAUCAACACGUUCAAUGCCGCGGUCGACGGGUAGUCGACAAUUUGUAUAGGCAUGUUUAUGGCUUUAUAAUUUACUCGAUAAUCAGAGCAAUGCUUCUACUUUUAUUCGUGGUUAUUCAGUGUCUAUUUUUCAACGUUAUAUUCGGAUUUUAUUUUCGUUUAUUUUUAGCAAAGUAAUGGUUGUUUUUCCCCAGAAAUAAUUGAAGGCAACAUCGACGCCACGGCGAUUGUUUAUGUUUAUCGCUAUAGGUAUUAUCUUACUUAUAUAUAAACGAAAAUAAUACGAGGAAUUUACGUAAUAAUAUUAUUUCGUUGCAGUUCAGUCGUCAGUGUCAUUUGUAUAGUUCGAUGUGUGUGCCAUAUUCAUUAAUUUGUAUUUAGUGUUUGUAAAAAGUGUAGAUUAUUUUAUAUAAUAUUACCGCAAAAUGAAUCAGUGUCAAAUUUCGGAUUUACUUGAUGAGAGUGAUACCAAUUUAAAUAGCUCACUUUCAUCUUUCGACGACACAGACGACGAUCCUGAUUGGGAAAAUGAUGAUAUUGAUAAUCAAGGAGAAAACUAUAGAUCUGAAGAAGAAAAUGAAGUAACAAGUGAGUGGAUAGAUAUUUCUGAACAACCAAACAUGAAUUCAAAUAUAGUUUUUAAUCCAAAUAAUGAUGACGUUGGUAUAAACCCAGACAUUACAGAAACUAUGGUUUCGUUAAGCCCUUUUGAUUUUUUUUCUCUAUUUUUUGAUGACGAAGUAAUAAAUCUCCUAGUGGUAGAAACAAAUAAAUAUGCUCAGGAUAAAUUGAACAAACAAGAAAAUAGUCGUAGUGCAAGAAUAAAAAAAUGGACCGAUAUUGAUAAAGAAGAACUUAAAUGUUUUUUUGGAAUAGUUAUGUGGAUGGGUUUGAAUAAAAAGCCAAGUAUUGCUCAUUACUGGAAAUCUGAUAAUUUUUUAUAUAAGUGUGAAAUCCCAAAAUACAUGUCACGAAAUAGGUUUGAGUUGAUACUUUCUGUCCUACACGUAUCAGAUAAUAGCAAAGCACCUCCAAAUAACCGUCUGUACAAAAUUCAGCCAUUAGUUGACAUCUUAGUAAAUAAGUAUAACAAUGCCCUAAUACCAGAAAAAAACUUGUGUAUUGAUGAAUCAAUGGUUCCAUUUUUGGGUCGUCUUUCUUUCCGCCAAUAUAUAGCCAAUAAAAGACAUCGCUAUGGAGUAAAAAUUUUUAAACUAUGUACUCGUGACUUUUAUACAUCGCAGUACAAAAUAUAUGCCGGAAAGGAAGCCGUUCCUGGGCAACUUGUAUCUUGUAAAGUUGUUAUGGAACUUAUGCAACCUUACUUGGACAGUGGGAGAUGUUUAUACGCGGAUAACUGGUACACUAGUAUUGAUCUUGCAGAAAAAUUACUUGAUAGACAUACACAUUUAGUGGGGACGUUAAGAUCCAACCGAAAACGAAAUCCAAAAGAGGUGAUAGCUAAAAAACUAGUUAGAGGAGGAGUAAUUUCAAAACAAAAUCGACGUGGUAUUAUGGUACUGAAGUGGAGAGACCGACGUGAUGUUUUGAUGUUGAGCACAAUGCAUACAAAUUUAAUGAUAAAUGUUAACCAAAGAAGAACUGUAAUCGAAAAACCUAAAGUUAUUGCAGAUUAUAAUAGAGGAAAAUCGUAUAUCGAUUUGACAGAUCAAAUGGGCUCUUAUCACUCUUGCCUAAGGAAAUCUCUCAAAUGGUAUAGAAAAAUAAUGUUUGAUAUAAUAUGUAACACUUCUAUGAUCAAUGCUCUAUCAUUGUAUACUGGUGUAACUGGAAAUAGAAUGAAACUUGUGGAAUUCAGAGAAGCCGUCAUUCAAGGAUUGUUGAGUAAUAAAAAUACAACACACGUGCCAACACAAAUAAAAAAUGAACACUUAUUGGAAAAAACAUCAACAACUGGAAGGUGUAAACGAUGUUAUGAAAUCAUCUCUAAAGAAAAAGGAACAAAUGUAGCCAGAAAUAAAGCAAAAAGAGUGAAGACAAUGUGCACUACUUGUGGAAACCAUUAUUGUACAGAAUGUUUUUUUGUGAACCAUAAAGCAAGAUUCAAUUAAUAAGUAUUUUUGUAAUAUAAGUAAUUUGUUUAUGAUUUUUUUUCUUCAAAUAAAAUGCAUUGGAAAGGUCAAAAUAAAAACUUGAUUUAAAUAAGAAAUAUCCAUUUCCUAUCUACGCUAAGUAGACAAAACUGGUCCUUGGGGCCACAAUAUUUAAUUCCAAUGUUAUAUCAGUACAGACGUGUACACAUUUCUGUACACGAAAUUUGUUUGAAAAAAAAACUCGUGUACAAUAUAAUGUACACGAAAAGAAAAAUGGUAAGUAAAGGAGUGUACACAAUUUAGUACACACGGCGCCGGGUAAAACGUAUCAAAAAUCAUAGUGGCAGUCAACCUGUUAAUGGUCCAAUACUAGUUGCCUCCUAACUGUAGAUACAUAUUAUACAAUUUACAAAUAUUUUUUAGUGUAAAUCUGGUAUAUUAUACCUAACACUGAUGUUUUUUUAACUAAAAUAUAUAUACAUAUUUUUAAAACCCUAUAAUGAGUAAUGACUAUUAGUAUAAAACAAUUUAUAAUGUAUAAACAUGAAACAUAAUAUUAAAAAUAAUUAAUUUAUUUUAGUAUUUCUGAAAUAAAGUUCUUCUUCUUAUUAUUAGUUAUGAAGUUUAUGAACCACUAUACUUAAUUCUAUACGGGAGGCAACUAGUGUGAAAAUUCUUGGGAGGAAACUCGUAAUUAAUUAUGAACUACCUCAUCAUCGGAGGCAACUAGUCGACUAGUGUAUAGAUAUAAAGUAUUAACCUUUUCAUUUACGAUAAUAGUGUGGGAGGCAAUUCGUAUAUUUUGGGAGGCAACUAGUAUGCACUGAUAUUAAUUGAGCACAAAGGUACCUACUUAUCUCACCUAGGCUACCUAGCUGACAACCAUAAGUCAAAUCCGUAUUUUCUCCAAGUCAGUUGUAUAUUUUUUAACUGCAUUUUUUCUGGGUUUUUUUUUCGACAAAUUCAACAAUAGCGCAAAUUAUAUGCUAAUUUGUUUUGGAACCUUGUGAUUUGAUUGCCUCAGUGAUGACAAAGAGUCCUGCAGUUUUUCUCGUGUUAAAGAAUACCGAAUGUGAAUUUUAAAUGCAUUCAAGUGCAGAAAAUGAACGUUUAUUAUACUACACAAUUGGACAUUUGGACAUCAAUCGUGCGCAUAUCAGCAUAAUAUAGCAUUGACAAGUAUUUUUUUUUUUUUUUUGAAUAAAGCAGUAACGGGCCCUUAAAAUGUGUGGACCCUGCAUGUGCUCGCGUGCACCGCACGCACAUCCGUAAAUCAGGGCCUGUAGGUUCAACGAUCGAUGGGCCCGCACGAGUUUCUCUUAC